ACUCUCUCUCCCCCUUAGCCUACGCACAUUGUUGCUUCACAACAACAAUCAUGAAUGCUGCUUCUUCCCAAGCUGCCAUUGAUACCAAGCCGCAGCUGCGGUGGUGGGAUUUACUCCGCCCCAUCAUGGCCCUCGUCGCUUCCUGCUGGGCCUCCUGCUAUCCCCCACUCUUCUCCACAUGCAAACCUGAAAUUUUCACUGUAACUGGAACCAUCAUAUGCUCAAUCAAUAGCAAAGUGAAGCUCUGCAUUCAGGAAGAUGUCGACAGCUUCCCUUUGAUCAUCCUUGAUCUUCCUAUUAACACGUCCGAGUUAGCGGGUCUAAUGCAGUGUGGUACUGCCCGUAUCGUUCUCCAGUGUGACCUGGGCUUGGACAGGUCGAAUGAGCCUUUACUGAGUGCAGCUACGUGGGCAAUGCAUUGCAAUGGACAGAAAAUGGGGUAUGCCAUGAGGAGAGAGGUGACAGGAAAGGAUACGCUGCUGUUGGGGACAAUGCGGACGAUCUCAGCUGGAGCUGGGAUAUUACCGGGGAAGGAGUGUGGUUUGGGGCAGUGCAAGUACCUCAGAGGCCAGUUUGAAAAGGUGGUGGCUUCCAACUAUUCUGAGGCCUACCAUUUGAUCGAUCCUUCCGGCUGCUUGGGCCAAGAGUUGAGCAUAUUCUUUCUGGGGAUUUAGCAUUUUCAUUCUGAAU